GUUGUUGAUGUCUCAAACGCAUGCUCUUUCUCAUCUCGCACUCCCUUUUAUCUACGUCAGCAUCAUCGAACGCAAGCCAUUUAACCCUUUGUCCAAAUCUUCUACACUAACAAGAUGCCCAGCGCUAGCUUUAACGGCCGCAGAGCAGCUGGUUACAGCUCCGCAAAGCAAUUUCAACCCCAAACCGAGAACAGCGAAUUCUCUCGUCAAGGUGCGUCCCACCGCAAGGUUGUCAACAUAGGCGACAUUCUCGAUGACCGCUACAGAGUUCUACACAAGAUCGCCUACAACAGCAAAUCUGUCUCAUAUCUCUGCCGGGACUUGGAAGACGACAAGUGGCGCCGCGUCACCGUUGCCCGUUCCCAUCAGUUCAGUACCGCCAUGGACGAGUUUGAAAAGGGAGCUGAAGCGAGGCGUCGACUUGGCGAGAAAGAGGCCGAGCGCCAGGGCUUCUGUCUCAAAGUCUUUUCGGUAGCUGGCCCAAACGGCGUCUAUAUGAGUCUCGUUUACCCUAUGAACAGUCAUGAGGCGGACUUGCGCUUUUGUGCACCUUACGACGAGGCUUAUUUCUUGGAUCAGCUCAGACAGUGGGAGAGCUUGGAGUAGAUGUUGUGGACGGGUCUAAGAGUGCUCAUAUUGGGCUUCACGAGGUCCAUUCAUGCUACAAGUGAGUCCGACAUGUUUCGUUGUUUAGGGCGCCCAGUGGCCGUACAUAUUUGGCGAUGAUUUUUGAUAAUAUACCACUGCAGUUUCACGAGUUUUUUUCCAGUCCCCUUUCAAGUUGAUACUGCAAGUACCGUGGUGAAUUUUCCCUUUAGGCUUGAAUCGCGACCUUUGUAUUAUUCUCUCCCCGUAUUUCCUUCCCUACUUUUCCUUCAGUUGAUAUGCCCUCA